AUGGCCAUCAUCGCCGAUUACCAAGAAGAGGAGCAGAGCAACGCGACUUGCUCAGGAGCCUCUGCCUUGUCAAAAUCACAACCUCAUUCGUUCAGCGCCAAUUUUGAUCCCUCCAACCCUCGAGAUUUUCUGCACAAGGUAUUUGAUUUCGUCGCCCAAACAAGCGACUUCUUCCAAAAGGACACAGCUGUGGAAGAGGUUGUGUCUGCGGCGAGUGCCGCCAAGGUGAAGGCGGCUGCGAAAUCGGCGGAGAAGAAAAGGAAGGAAGUGGAAGCUUCUAAGAAGGAGGCAGCAGCAGUGGAGAAGAAGAAGGAGGAAGUAGAAGUCUCCAAGGAGGAGGCGACGGCAGUGGAGAAAAAGAAGGACCAAGAGAGCACUUCAGUAGUACCAAACAUAGGUAAUGGUCUGGAUCUAGAAAAAUACUCCUGGACUCAAACUCUGCAGGAGGUCAAUGUGAGUGUUCCUGUGCCUACUGGAACGAAAUCUAGGUUUGUCAUCUGCGAUAUAAAGAAGAACCAUCUAAAAGUUGGACUCAAAGGCCAACCACCAAUCAUUGAUGGUGAGCUAUAUGGAUCUUUAAAGCCAGAUGACUGUUAUUGGAGCAUAGAGGAUCAGAAUACAAUUUCUAUUCUUUUGACCAAGCAUAAUCAAAUGGAGUGGUGGAAAUGUGUUGUAAAGGGUGAUCCUGAAAUUGAUACCCAAAAAGUAGAGCCUGAGAACAGCAAACUUGCUGACCUCGAUCCUGAAACUCGACAGACUGUUGAAAAAAUGAUGUUUGAUCAGAGGCAGAAGUCUAUGGGCCUCCCUACUAGUGAUGAACUCCAGAAGCAAGAAAUCUUGAAGAAAUUUAUGAAUGAGCAUCCAGAGAUGGACUUCUCAAGGGCAAAAAUAUCAUAA